AUGAAGUUGUUCCAAAAUAUUUAUGAGUUUAAUUAUCCUUGGGAAGAGGUUACUGCUGCAAACUGGAAAAAGUAUCCAAAUGAGGUUUCAACACAUGUAAUCGCUACUGAUGUUCUUAGGAGGGAGCUAGAUGCCAGUGGGAAACGGUUGAUUAGUGAACGGUUGAUUACGGUGAAGCAAUCGGUACCCCAGUGGAUUAUGAUGUUGAUAGGCAGUACGAAUAUUAGUUAUGUUAGAGAGGUUUCGGUUGUUGAUUUAGAGACGAAGACUUUGAAUUUGAGGAGUUGUAAUCUGACGUAUUCUAAUUUGCUGAAAGUGUUUGAGAAUGUAACAUACAGUCCUCAUCCCGAGGAUCCUCAGAAUAAGACUUUAUUCAAGCAGGAGGCGCAGAUCACGGCGUAUGCGCCAUUUACUAGAGUAUGCAACCAGUUAGAAGACUGGUCUGUGCAACGGUAUCAUGAAAAUGCGGAGAAGGGUAAGCGAGGUUUUGAGACCGUUCUGUUGACUCUAAAUAAGGGUUGGGGUCAGAGUGAAAAGUACAUGGAUGAUAUUGGCAACACAAUUGUCGAAAAGGUUAAUGAAACAGUUGAUGACUUACUUGGGGUGGACUGCUCUUCCUCUAUUAUGAAUAAAUAUUCCACUACUAUCCGACUUGCCUUUCAAAAGGAGUGA